CGUCACAAGGGCCUGGUCGGGAAUCCGCCUCGAAGUGACCGUCAUUCUUAUUCCUUGACAUCUCCCUCUUCCACAACUCACCACGGCCUCUUCCCUCACCCUAUAGCCUGAUUUACCCCUUCUCCAGCUCCCCUCCUCGCCAGACAUGCUACCAGCCGAUCCUCUUCUCUCGACUCUCCCUCCUUAGGAACGAGCACUUUCCCCGUGUCUCGUCGCCAGGCACGCGGUACCCGUCUAACAACCAAUACAACAUCAUUCAUUCCUCUAUGCCUCGAGCCCGAGUCCGUCCACGAUGAACUGCGCCAUCUGUCAGCGCGCCCACCACCCGCAGAGGCUACCCUUCUUCUGCGUUGUGGAUGCGCGUAACGAGCUAUACGAGCGACGAGUAGCCAAUGCGAGGAUUCUCAUCGAGGCCGAGGAGCUCGAGUCGCGAGUCACCAAGGCCUUGUCCGACAACGACCCCAGCUCAGUCGUCCCCGCGAGCGACCGCUCCUCUCGAGCGUACGUAGAGAACUGUGCGUCGGAGGAGCACAAGGCGAAGGAUAGGACAGAGCGGAUCAUAGCCUCCGCCGACAAACUGCGUGACGAGAUCGCCAUCGCGAGAAAGGAGAUCGAGACGCGCAAGGCCGCCAUCGCGCAGAAGAAGACGGAUCUGGCUGCCGCUGCGCAGGGCGUUUCCGCGCGAAGAAAUCGAGAGCUCGAGGAGACCAAGACAGCCAUCAAGAUAUCCAGAUACAACUGGGACAGGGAAUAUGGCGCUAUGACUCAAUACCGGGCGGCGCUGUGUAUGGAGGUCGCCAAGCUGUAUAGGCUGCAACGUGUCCGGCGCGGGAACCCCGUCCGGUUUGAGUACAAAAUUGGUGGCAUCGACAUCAUCGACUUGCAUAACAUGAACAAUGCGCAACCCGAGCUCAUAUCCGCGUCUCUCGCACACAUCACCCAUCUGUUAUGGCUGGCCUCUCACUACCUCGCUGUCCGUCUACCGGCGGAGAUUACGCUGCCGCAUAACGACUACCCACGUCCCACCAUCUUCUCACUAACAUCUUCCUAUCAUCAUGGCGACGUUGCGUUCCCUGGUACCUCUCUGCUACCCCCGGACCCACGUGACCGCCAAUUUACUCACAUUCCGCACCCGCGACCCCUAUUCCUAGACAAAUCCUUGUCAACCCUGGCCAAGGAAGAUCCGUCCGCGUAUAAUGCCUUCCUGGAGGCGGUCUGCCUGCUCGGCUACGACAUCGUCUGGCUCUGUCGGACGCAGGGAGUGACCGCAGGCGAAAACAGUAACCUAGAGGACUUUUCCUCUCUCGGCCGCAACCUGUACAAUCUCCUCAUAAACUCGUCGCUGCAGCGCAAUCCCCAACAGAUCGCGGAUGCGGCGGUAACCCCGCAACACAUCGACAUCGGCGGCGAUAGAAGCAACAGCGCUAACAACCCCAGUCCUAGUACCAGAAACGAUGCGGGCGAGUUCGGGCGUACAGCGCCACGCAUGGGUCUAUACUCUCACGGCACAGCUCAUACGUUUCUAGGCGGGGCGGCAGGCCAAGAAUUGACACGCGGGUUCCGGAUACCGAACAUCGCGAAGCUAGUGGACAAGCUGAAGGCGCGGCUGCUGAGCGAGACCCCGGUACCAGAGUGGGAGCUGCUUGAGGACGACGCGUGGACGCCCGACGAUGCGCUCGACGAUGGAGUGCUAGUCGGGAGCAAGAAGGCCGGUAACGGUGGUGGAGGAGCGGGUGGGGGGAGCAACGGCAUGCCCGGACACCGGUUCGGCAUCGAGAGCUACAUGAGCGUCAACACCGUCAAGAGCGGCAGCAGUGGCGGCGACAACACCCCUAGGGCACCGCUGUCCGGGGGUGGCAGAGGACGGCCAGCCGAGGCGCCCACGGCGAGUAGAGACGCGGGGACUAAGGGGACGAGCGGCUGGACAAAGAUAAAGCCUCGGUAAAUAGGCGGGUGGAUAGAGAGAGGAGGGUAGAUAGGUAGGCACGAACGUUUACAUAUACAGGCAUUAGCCCUAUCUAUUGUAUUUAUAUGUAUGAUUGAUGAUGAGAUGAGGUGAGGUGAGACGUGGGUGUCGUGUUUGUUAGACUACAGCGUCUUAAACGGCGAGGUCUCUAAAUCCAACACUCCCUUUCUCAUA